AUGGAAAAUUCACUUGGAUCAACUAUCGAAAAAAUUAAAUUUCAAGAACAAGAUAACGAAGCAAAGCUAAGAGAAAAACGCGAAUUUGAUGUUUCUGUAGCAUUCUUGAACAGAUCUAUUCGAGAAACUCUAUUAGAAACUGAAAAAUCUAAACAAGAACAGAAAACACUUUCGGACAAUAUUAGUUUAUUGCGUACGCAAGUAUUACUAGAAAAAAUACGACGGGAUUCUUUGGCUGCUGAGCUAAGUACAUUCAAUAAAAAUCUUGAAGAUUUACGAUUACAAUCCACUAACGGUAUUACACAAGUGUGGGAGCAGCGUUCUACGUUUUGUAAAGAAAUUCAAUCCGCUUCGGACAAAUACGAUGUGUGGGCUUUAUUAAUGAGACCAGCUUAUGCAGAGCCCUCGGUAAAAUCUGUUGAAAAAGAAGAAGCCAUUAACCCAAUUUCAAAUAACGAAAUUCGAUUACACGCAGCUAUUGCAAGACGUGAAAAUGCUUUAAAAGAGCGCGAUCGAUUAAAAGCUGAACCAGAUAAUGGCGAAGAGUUUCUUCGAAUAAGAAACGCCCUACGUUACUCAUUAGAAAAGAUCGAAGAAUUGAAACAAUUAAAGUAAAGAAAAACCACAAAAAAUCUGCAAAUUUCAUCAGACAAUAUAGAUUACGUAGAUUUUAUA